AUGACUGAAGCUCCAAUUGUCAACAAUACUUUGACUGUCGAGGCGGUCACGUACUACAACUACACCACACCUUUACAGAUCACCAAGAGAGAAAUCAAGGGCCAUUCCGAGUCGUCUUUCCUCGCUCCAACUGAAAUCCUGGUCAAGACAAAAUAUGCUGCCUUGAACCCUGUUGAUGUGUGUUUAUGGCAGUUGUGUCCAAAAUGGCUGAAGAGAGGCCAGCCAAAAGGUUUUGGCGGAGACUUUUCUGGUGUCGUCCUGCAAACAGGCUCCGACGUCAAAUCUUUCAAGGCCGGAGACAAGAUCUACGGAGACAUCAUAAGUCCUUUCAAUCCUGAAGGCUCAUUUUCAAACUACCAGGUCAUUGACGUGACCAAACAAACGAAGGUCGCCAAGGUUCCUGAAGGACUGCCUAUGGAGAAGGCUGCUGGUACCGGGAUUCCAUUCGGGACCGCAUACGAAUUGAUCACGAAACAUAAGAACCUGAAGGGCGCAAAUGUCCUUGUUCUUGGUGGAGGUACCUCUGUGGGAAUGAUGGGGCUUCAGAUACUCAGACACCUGGGUGCUCAGUACAUUCUCACCACCUGCUCUUCCAAGUCGAAUGCCGUUGCCCACGAAUUCGGUGCUCACGAAACAGUGGACUACCAUGACAAGGAGGCAGAGUACAAGCAGAUUGUUGAGGCCACCAAGAAACACGGAAAGUUUGAUCUUAUCUUUGACACCUGCAGAGACGAAGUUUUCGUGGGACGAUUGAAAGACGUCCUCAAGACCAAGAAAGAAGGUGGAAAAUACAUCCAAGUUGCUGGAAGCAACACUAUGUCUUACGGAACAAUUAGAUACAGAGACAUGAUUCCAUCCAGGGGAAACCUGAGAGAGCAAAUUCUGUCUAAGCUUGGCCUUUCCAACUACGACUUUGCUCUCGGAAGCAUUAGCGAUGGUGCAGGCUUUGCUAAGGCCGUGAGCGAUAUGUGGGAGAAAAAACAGUUCAACGUCGUUGUGGAUACCAUCUACAAGUUUGAGGAGUUCCACAAGGCCGUCGACAAGUUCCAAAGUGGUAACGUUAAGGGUAAGCUUCUAGUUGAGUUUGACUGA